AUGGAAUUAAAACGCACGCUUGCUGAACUAUUGGACGAAGACCAGGUUGUGGACGACGUGGAGGAGCCUGAAGUGCAAGACGAACCUCAGGACGAAGAGGAUACUGUGAACCCAGAUUUCUGUAUUGAUUGUAAGCACACAGCAACAGAAAUUCAGUGCUUGGACUGUAAUGAGCCCUUCUGUCGAGUGUGUUUCCAGUUCGUCCACCGAGGUGGUACCAGGAAACGCCACAAGUUCAAGGAGCUAGUUCCGUUGAAGGCUGAGCCUAUUACACAGCCAGAGGCCGCUGAGGACACCCCUGAGGGGGCUUUGGACGAGGAAAAGAAAGACGAGCAAAUAGAAAAGACGAUACUAGCUGGUAUUCGUCGGAACGCCCGUUUCAUUCCUCUUCGACUCUCCUAUGAAGAGAGACAGCUUUUGAGGCUGCUGGAAGCCACGCUCAGCGUUUCGGAAUACACAGACAGAGUUGAUAUUUUGUCCUAUCGAUCAAGAACCAAGCGGAUAGUCGAGCAACUCAGAGAGAUUUGCUCGAUUUUGGCCGGCUUGGUGGUCUCAUCCAACAUGAAGGUUGGCCAGAAACUGAUUCAGGAUAAGACCUUCUCGGAUAAUCAGGAGUGGUACAAGACGGUUUUUGAGAUUGGAAGACGAUACAAGAUCAUGAACCCGGAGCGGAUGCGAGACACGUUUGGCAAGCUGUGCUAUGUUGUGAUGGACUCCAUGCUGCCUGAAGUGCGGGAGCAUAUGGAAUUUGAUUUGUAUGCGCCCAUAAAGACUGUAUUGGGUCUGAUUGAGUCGAAGAACGACAAGUCUGCUACCAAAAUGUUUGACGACCCGCUGAUUAUCUCUGCCACAGCAGAAAUACGACCAGAAAAAAAGACGAGGUCGGUCAUUAACCGACAGAUCAAGCACAAGGAGGCUGCCAUUGAGCGACUUUCGUCCAGAUACUCGUCUCCCGACGGACUCACCAAAGAGGAGGUGCGUCAAAUUCUCUACUCCAUCGGAGACUUCAACGCCUACACUAAUAAAAAUAGAUUGCCGGUGCUGAGGAUGAUAAAGCGGCUGGACGACUUUUUCAAGAGCUCGGGCUCCACAAAGUAUUCUCUGGGAAUCAGAUACGGCCAAGCAGGAGCCAGACUCACUCACAACCACGAAAAACAGUACUUGUAUGUGAAACAGGCCCUGGAGCUGUGGUCUCACGUGAUGCGCGACAUGAUCGAGCUCUGGGCAGCAGCAGACGACGAUCUAUUCAACGGCCAGCAAUACAAGCUCACCAAUACGGGACAAGGACUCAACAGGGUCAAGGCCUGUCCUGUGUUGUACAAAAAAAUGUACAACUUGCUCUACGAAGUGCAACGGUUGUUUGACUACUGGGUCGGCACUCCUGUGAUCCAUCUUGGUGACGACGCUGUUCCAAACGCGCUGUUCUUCUUGGACAAGUACAUCCAGAUCCCCUCGAUCCUGAUCCCUAUCGACCGGUGUAUCCAGGAAAUCGACGUUCUGGCCCAAGACCCACAUCUGGAACAGUAUUUCUGCUCGCAGUUUGAGACCGUGGAAGACCUAAAAAAGACGAUUCUGUGCGACUAUUUCAAACACGGUUUCGACGGGUCCGGAGCAGACAACUUCUACUUUGCCGGCUCCUGUGUCGACGCCGUGUCGACGUCGAGCUGCGAAUUCUGCAACAACAUCUGGAAAAAGGAUUACUAUAAAGUGUUCCUGCUCACAGGUUUCACCAACUUCAACGGUGAGGGCUAUUAG